ACGCGUUUAUGAGACGUGGUACUAGUUUAACUAACGGUUGGUAGUAGAGCGUUUCGAAAAAAUAAAGAUUUUUUUGUAUGAAUUGUUUGAUUUUUUGGGGAGACAACUUAACAGUUGGUGACAAACCAAUAAUAAAACCAACAACAAACAGCCAGACAACAUCAACACAACGACAACAAUUUUAGUUGUGGAUAUUUUAAAAUGUUCAACAUGUUUAAGGCGGCAGUUAAAAUGCUGCCCAUGUUGCUGCUACUGCUGUUAAAGCUGACGAUGAUGAGCAAUUACGUUAACGCACAAGAUUAUUAUUUUUCUCAACCAAAUACCCACAAUCGUUUUGUGCCAUCUUCACAAUAUCAAAGUAGUCGCAAUUACAAUCGUGCUAGUUCCACAACAGGAGCUGGCUCACCAGGCUCAUAUCAAGAACAGAUUUUAUUCAUAGGCAAUGAAAGUAAACAGCCACAAAGUCAACCUUUAACCUCGGCUGCCUACCAACCAUUUGGACAACAACAAUAUACGAACACUCGCAACAAUGACUACUAUGACAUAUCGCCACGUCCCUUUGGAGUGCCGGGCACAGCCACUGGUUCCGCUUCCACUUACACACGUUCCAAAUCGUUUAAGCCCAGUAGCAGUUUUUCGCCAUCAAACGGUUUUGUGCCACAACGAGUCAAUGUGCCACACCAACAGACACAAUUUCUACAGCAUUUCAAUGAACCAACGGUGGAUAAACCUUCCUCCCCUAACCGUUUAUCGGCCUCUACUGGAUUUGGCAACUCGGUGGCUAGACCUUUUGGUAAUGGUGGCUUCACACCCAGUUCGAAUCGCAACCGUCCAGGUUCAACCUCCUACUCCAAUGUGGAUGCUCCCGUAGGACCUCAAACUCAACAGGUUCCCUUCCGCAAUACCCGCAAUCGUUUUCAACCCAGCUCGGCUACCACCACCACUACCUCCACUUCAACUACUACUGAACAUCCUAAUACCAGUCGUAGAUAUAAUCGUUUUGGUGGACGCACACAAAAUCUCUCCUCAGGAGGUUUCAGACCUUCCACACAAACCACCACACAGGCCAAUAAUCCGGAACUAAGUAGGAUCAAUGUAAAACCCAGUAAUCGUCGUCCUGCCUUUAUCAGUCGCGAGGUUAAUGAACCCAUACAGGCGAAUAAACCCCUUAAGAAUUACCCAGUUAAGCAGGGAAGAGUAAAGCUUCCCUUGAAGGAUAAAUUGCUAAAGCAACAGGUAUCAGCCUCCUCGACACCUUUCCGACCAGCUCUGCCUUUUGGUGUACACAAAGAAAGUGGCGGAUUAAGUGAUGAAUACGAAGAGACUCAGGAGCAAGUGGAUAAUAAGUUAAAGUUGCCGGUAUUAGAGAAACUACAAUUACAGGAGGCUGAAGCUAAACCUCCCGCAAUAGAUAGUGUAGCCAAAUCCACGGAAGUGGCAGCCACCACAUUGACAGCACAAACCAAUUCUAAGGAAAACCAAGAAGAUGUAGUGGCUCAAAAUUCCGCCAAUGCUUCGCAAAGUGAAGAGAUACAAAAAGUGGAAGACAAUGAGGAGGAAGGAGGUGAAAAUUACUCCGAUGAGUACUCACAAGAGGAACAUCAGGAAACGGGUAGUGGUAGUAAGGAAGCUAUUACCGAUGGUUCCUUAGAGAGUGAAGGUCAUACCACUGAAAAGCCUUUGCAACAUGAAGAAGAAUAUCACGAGGAGGAAGAUAGUGAGGCAGCUUUAAAAGCCACUGUUAUGCCGGUAACAGAACCUACUACCACUAACAAGCAAGAGGAUCAGCAAAUAAUAACCACCACUGAAUCGGCGGCGGCAGGAGAAGCUGACAAAAUUACGGCUACCGUAUUAAUGACCACCACCGAGUCUUCGGGUGAGAAGCAAGAGCAUGAUGAAGAAUCUAGUGCGGAUUAUGAUGAGGAAGACUAUGAAGAAGAAAGUGGAGAUGAGGAAAGUGGUGACGAUGAAGAAGCUGAGGAGGACGAGGAACACGAGCAUGAAGAAGAACAUGAAGGUUCGGCUCAUAGUUUGGAAAAUACUGAUGAUUCUUUAAGUACUAGCUCCACUACCACUUUAGAACCUAGUCCUUUAAUAUUGGAUCGGGAAGUUAUUUCUGUGGUUACCACCAAGAGUGUGGUUAAUGGUUCCACUGCCUUCCCCUCACCAGUGACACCUCGCUCUACUACUCUUUCCAUGGAAGAAGAAGCCAUAUUUACCGAAACUAAAGUAUCUCCAGCUUCGGAAGAAAACGCCGAGGAGGUAGAUGGUCCAACCACACCCACACCCAAAGCAGUCAGUGAAGAAGUUUUGAUCAAUACCACCGAAGGCUAUGUGGUGGUAGCUUCCAUACAAACCAGCAGAAGUAUAAAUGGAGCCCGUUUCUUGCCCUUCCCCGCCAUACAACAGGAGGAGUCUAAGAAAUCUUUAUCAGAAUUGGAACGUAAUGCUAAGGCCAAGGCUAGUAAAAACAAUCAAGACUCCUCCUCGGAACAAACCAAUGAAAGUGGUGAAAUGGAUGUAAUAACCACGGCACAAACAGAAUCAACUACGGAAAGUACCUCCUCGACACAGGCCUCCUCUUCCACUGAAAGUAUCAUAGACAAAUUGGAUAGGGUACAAUCGGAACUAUCUAGUGGAUUAUUGGCUGGCAAAUAUCCCAUAAUAGGUCAAAUGGCAGUGUCCACGCCCUCUACUACCUCCACCUCUGGUAAUAGAUUUGCUCCCAAUAUACGCAAGUUCCAGCCUAAGACUACUGCAGCUCCCAAAGUAAGGGUUCAUCAUUUCGAUGAAUCUCCAGCACCCAAAGUUAAGGUGCAUCAUAUUGACGAAACCGAAAUGGAUGAAUUGGCCAGUUUAUUGCCUGAUGGUUUUAAGAGACCUUCCUAUAAGAAUCGUAAGAUCACCACUACAACUAGCACCACCAAGAAACCUGAACAAGAGGUUCACGAAUUCAAGAAACCUUUAAGAAAUUCCACUAUAGGCAGAUCCUUUAAGAAUUCCCCCGUAGCACAAGAUGUUUCUUUGGCCGGUUUACUGCCUAAGGGCUAUAAAUUGUCCACGACCACCGAAAAUCCUAAAAACGAUCUACACAAUAUUUUAAGCAAAAUCAAGUUUGACGAGAACCUCGAUACAUUGCUGCCCAAGGAUUACAAAGACAAGGCUACCACAGCCAAACCUGCGGUAACUUUGGUUGAUGAUAUAUCCAAAUUUUUACCACCAGGUUAUAAACUAACCACACCCACCACGCCCACUAUUAAAGAAGAAAAGAAAACGGAAGAAAAGAAACCAGCCUUAACAGGAGUUACUGCUGCCGAGCCCGAUGAUAUAACCAAAUUCUUGCCCCCUGGUUAUAAACUAAGAACUACCAGAAAACCUUUGCCUAAAGUAGAACCAGAAGCUAUAGACAUAUCCCAACUAUUGCCUAAGGGUUAUAAGCCGGCCGCAGAAGAAAAGGAAAAGGUUGCAGAGGAUAUUUUCAAGAAAAUUGAAUUUAAAGAAGUGGCUUCUCUAUUGCCUCCUGGUUUUAAACUUAACAGCAGUGAAGAAGAACCAGCCAAACAUCCCGCUUCAACGUCAACUAGUAGCACCACAACUACCACUGCCAAACCCAGUGAGGAGACUCAAGGAAAUACCUCUUCCUCCUCUGGUUCUGGUUUCAAAGUAGUCUUCCCUAAGGGUAUACACAAGCGCUUAGGAGCUCAACGUUUAACCACACCCAGAACCUUUGAGUCCGCUGAGAAUUUCGGUGGCUCUAAUGGCUCCCCUCCAGUGGUAGUAAGAAAGGGUCCACCUACCAGAGCCACUACAGAAUUUACCGGCUGGCCCACACCCUCCACUACCCCCAUUUCUAUAGAGAAGCUAUUGGAACAAGCCAAGACAGCCACUAUUAACUUCGAAGAUUUAUUAAUGCCUUCGACUUCUACCACCACUACUACAACCACUACCACCACCACAACUACUACCACUACACCCAAACCUACUAAACCCGGAUUCUGUACUUCGGAUUGUGAUUUGGCAGCCACUAUUAAGAUUAUAGAUGGUGUUUCCUGGAAACCAGAAUUAUUGGAUCAUAAUACGGCGGAAUGGAAGAAUUUGGCAAGAGAAGUAGAGGCACAAUUAAACGAUGUCUACUCCUCGGCUCCCAAAUUAAGUAAAUGGUAUAAAAAAGUACGUAUUGACAGUUUCAGUAAAGGCAGUGUUUUAGUCGACUACUAUGUAGAACUGGCCAAUAUUACCCAAGAUGUCAAUACCUUGGAAAUUAAGAAACUCUUCCAUGAAGCCCUAACACCUCAACCCGUCUUGCCCCACAAGCCCGAAACUGAAAAUGAAACCGAUAAUGAAGAGGAUAGUAGUUAUCAGGAUAUCAAAGAGGAAAAACUAGUCAAAGAAACCUUCCUAAUGGGUAAAUAUCUUAUAGAUCCAGUAGCCACCGAUUUUUCAGUCAUACCCAAACCCUUGACACCUAAUGUGGAAUUUGCUGAAGAAGAUUUGCUUAUACCUCAAUGGGCCAUAGUGGUUAUAGUCAUUGGCGUAGGUUCUCUGGUAUUUGUGGUUAUAUUUGGUAUAACUGUGUUACUUAAUCGCCAGAAUCGUGCUAAAAAGACUCCUAUACCUUUAACCAAUGAUAUGUUGAAUGAAUUGAAAAUCAAUCACAUGGGUGGUGUGGACAAUUAUGGCGUCGAUGAUUUCUAUAAUAUAGAUGAUGCCUGGAAUGAUACAAAACAACCUAUUAAACCAAAGCGCUUUACCAACUCCAUGAACGACAGCAGUGGUUCGAAUAUCUACGACAGUUGGCGUUCAACACGUCAUGGUGACUACUAUUACGAUUCGCAAAAUAAUUACUCCUCCCAAAAGGGUGAUUCACUGCAAAGAUCUCUUAAACAUCAUCCCCAUUCACAAUACUCCAAUCAUUCACAGCAUCAUCAGCAAUCGCUGUAUGGAGGUCAUCAGUAUCCAGAUGCAUUUGCGGAUGCCCAUCAAAUGUAUACGUAUAAUAAUCAAACGAAUGGCCGAUCAUCACGUUAUGCACGUGAUUAUGAUCCCGAUUUUUAGCUUAUAGAAUUUUAGUGUAAUUCUUAAAUUUACAAAACAAAACAUGUAUAUAAAAAUUAUUUAAAAUUUGCUCUAUAAUUUCUUUUUUUUUUAAACAUGUUUUAUUAUUAAUUAACUUUUUCUAAACAAAACUUUUAUAACUCUUCCCUUUUAAACUAAUAAUUAGUUGUUUAAGUUUUUUAUAUAUUGAUGCUCUUUAACUUUUAAUUUUUUCUCUUAAAACUUAUUUAUAUUUAUUGUAAUUCUUACUUAUUCUUUAAUACUUUCUUUUUUUUAAUUAUUGGCAUUAUUUUUAUUAUUAUUUGAAUUUGUGACAAAAUUUAUAUGUGCCUUGUUUAAACAAAAUUAUGGAAAAUUUCCUUAGUUUCUUCAUAAUUUUAAAAAUAUGAAAUUUGUUUGAUACUUUAGCUUUAAUUUUUAAGCAAUUGAAUUUAAUUAAUUAUUUUUUAUUUUGCUCUUUUUAAACAAAAUAAAAAUUUCUAUGAAAUCAGUCAAGUUUUUAGUUUUUAAAAAAAGUUUGUAAAUUAUAAAUUUAAUAUUAAUUAAUUAAUAUUUUUAUAACACUGAAACAAAAAAAAAAAAAAAGAAAACAACAAAUCUUUUAGCUGCCUAAAAUAUUACAUAAAUGUAGUUUUUCGUUUAGUUUUAAGUACUUUAAUAAUAAAACUAUUUU